AUGACAGCCAUGGCGCAAUCUAGAAAAAGUCACAGGGGACGACGUCAGUUUAGCACAUGUCUAUUGUUGCUUUUGACCCUCACUCAUUCCGUCGGCAGUGAUGCUGGUGCUCUCCCACUGGGUCGGACAGCUGCCAGCAUAGCUACCGCCUCUGGCAGUAAUAGCAAUAAUCCAGAGAAUAAUGUUUGUCUGUCUAACAUGAAGAAUAAGAAUGGGCAAUGUGUGAUCCCUCGGGGAGGAUCCAGUGCUGCUCGCGCAUCAGAUCCUGGCACUCUGUCGGAAUCUCUCAAGGUCCUUGGGAUCACAGGAGCCAUGGUCUACCUCAAGGAUCAAUUUUCCACAGCUGCAGCAGAGUGGUGGGUCGGAGCUCAAACUACGCGCUUCCUGCUUGCUGGUGCCGUUGCUGGAAUAGUAUCUAGAACGGCUGUCAGUCCCCUGGAAGUGGUGGCCACUGCUCAAAUGGUCCGAGGAGGGAACAAGGGUUUGGUCGGUGAGUUGUCAAGUCUUUGGGCAUCAGAAGGACUCAAGGGAUUCUUCAAAGGAAAUGGGGCAAACUGUCUAAAGGUCGCACCGACAAGAGGUGUUCAGUUCUUUGCCUUUGAAAAAUUCAAGCUCUCUCUUGUCAAAUGGAAACGACAGAGCAUGGGUGUUGCCGAAGAUGCUGAUGUUUCUUUGUCACCGUUGGAACGACUUGUUGCUGGUGGAUUCGCCGGUAUGGUUGCUUCCAGUAUGGUGUACCCCAUUGAAGUCGUCAAGACCAUGUUGACCAUGUACCCAGGAAAAUACGCCGGAAUCGGUGCCGCCUUUCGUGGCCUCCUGGCAGAAGUUGGCCCUAGGGGUCUAUACGCUGGGUUGACUCCAACCCUGAUUGCCAUGUUCCCAUAUGUGGGUGUUGAGUUCAUGAUCUACGAGACCUCGAAGAUUGCCAUUGAAGCCUUUUUGAAGGAGAAGAGCGAAGAUGGCGCAUUUGUGGCACUUCCUGUCAUUAUCUCUCUUGGACUUGGUGCCUUGGCCGGUGCCGCCGCCCAAACAUCCGCCCAUCCUUUGGAUGUCGUCCGCAAGCGUUUGCAAGUGCAAGGCAUCAACGGAAACCCCGUUUUGUAUAAGAAUACCUUUGAUUGCUUCGCUGGCGUCAUAAACAAGGAAGGGUUCACUGCCUUGUACAAGGGUCUUGGACCAGCGUGCGUCGCCACCAUUCCAGGCACUGGAAUUGCCUACAUAACCUAUGAAUUCAUGAAGGGUGUGUUGAAUUUGAGUUCUGUUUAA